AUGUCUCUCUUUCUCAUUCUCUUUAUAUCUGUCCAUCUCUCUUUCACCUUCCCUUUAUAUCAAUCUCUCUUUCUCAUUCUCUUUAUAUCUGUCCAUCUCUCUUUCACAUUUAUCCAUCUUUCCUUGCCCUCCUCUUUAUAUUUAUUCAUCUCUUUUUUCCCAUUCUCUUUAUACCUAUCCAUCUCUAUUUUAAAUUCUCUUUAUAUUUAUCUGUCCAUCUUUCUUUCUCAUCUCUUUAUAUCUAUCCAUCUCUCUUUUUCCAUUCUGUUUAUAUUUAUUCACCUUUCUUUGCCCCUCUCUUUAUAUAUAAUCAUCUGCAUACAUCUCUCUUUCUCAAUCUCUUUACAUAUAUCAUUUUUUCCCUUCUCUUUAUAUCUAUCCAUCACUCUUUCUCAAUCUCUUUAUAUCUAUCCCUCUCUCUUUCUCGUCAGCUGUAUAUUUACCCAUCUUUCUUUCCCAUCUCUUUUCCAUCUCUCUUUCCAUUUUUCCUUGUAUCUAACCAUCUAUUUUUCCCCUUCUCUUUAUAUCUAUCCAUCUCUUUCACCAUCUCAUUAUAUCUGUCCAUUAUUCUUAUCGAUUCUCUUUACAUCUCCCCAUCUCUAUUUCACAUUCUCUUUAUAUCUGUCUAUCUCUCUUUCCUCCUCCCUUUAUAUCUAUCUCUCCUUCCCAUUCCCUUUAUAUCAAUCUAUCACUCUUUCCCUUUCUUCAUGCCUUUUCUCCUAUACUUUUCAUUCCUAUCAUACCUUCUCUUCCCACCAAUCAGUCAAUCUGUCCAUUUGA